UAUAGUGUAUCAAGGGGUAGCCUCGGCUAGCGCUUGAUCGGAAAAUUUUUGACAUUUUUAGUGAAAUUUUGGAAAAAUUUAACGUUUUUUCGAUUUCGUUACCGCUUAUUUAUAAAACGUUUCCGCUUAGUCGGAAUCCUAGAUCCGCCACUGCUUAAGCGCAAAGCUUGCAUAUAAUUCACCCAGGAAGGUCAUGGUCAACGGCCAAAUUUGUAAAAACAAAAGCAAAGGGCCAUUUUACAUAUUCUUAAGUCAAGAAGGUUGUUUUUCUAACUUUAUGAAAAGAUAAGCAAUGGCCCCCUCCUUCUCCUAUAAAAAAAGAGAAUGGAAACCAUCUUCAUCGUCCAUUUCUCACCCGGCCUGCUCUGCUAUCCCCCUCUCACACACUCUUAAACUUUGUUUUAGUGUAAAGCUAAGAUGAAUGCUUCAGCACGAAUACAAGACUUUGAGUACUUGUAUGCAUCAAAUUCUAAUGUAUCCAACUUUGUUUCCGUCAAACUUUCUGGCAACACCAACUACCAUAUUUGGAAAUCACAAAUGCUUUGCCUGCUGGACAGUAACAACAUGGGUGGCAUCGUGGAUGCCACAUUUGCUGGCCCAAGAUAUUCUGAACCAGAGACACUGAGACAAUAUGACAGUCUCGCCAGAGGUUGGAUCUUGGGUUCGGUUAGUGAAGAUGUACUUGCAGAUGUCCACAAUCUCGGUUCUGCUAAAGCUGUUUGGGAAAAACUACAAUCCAUCUGUAUAUCUUCAGUAGGUUUGCAAGAAGAUUCUAAUUCAAAAAAGUCUGAUGGCGAAACAGAAAAAGAAGUAGACAGAGAUGCUGUUGCAGCAGAAACAAUCACUGUUAAAGAAGGCACAAAUUCAAUAGAAAUAACAGUGGAUCAAGGCAUUGUUCCAAUAGAAACCGACACAAAAAGUGAAGAUAAGCAAAAUCCUAAAAACAAGAAUAAUAAUUAUGGAAGAAGAAUAAAGGGGGGAUGGUCAUAUGUAGCAUCUAUUGUAGAAGAAUAUAAAGACACAGUAACAGAAGCAAUUAGCAGUGAUGGUAGCACGAUCCUUCACAUUGCUAUUGGAACAGGUCAAAAUGAUUUCGUUAAAGAAGUGUGUUCUUCUAUAACUGGCGAACUACUACUUCACCAGAGAGAGAGUGAUGGAAGCACAGCGCUUCACAUUGCUGCGAUUGUUGGGAACAAAGUUGCAGCUGAGCUCUUGGUUAAAAAGAAUAUCAAGUUGUUAGGAAUUAAAGACCAUAAGGGUAAAGACCCAUUGCAUAAAGCUUAUGAAAAUAUGCAUCUUGAUACCAUUGGCUAUUUGCUGAAAGCUGUUAAAGAUGCUGCCACAACCGAGUCGCAAUCUUCUUUAGCCGGCUCUGCUCACCCUGAUGAUGAAAUCGGCGUCGGCCUUCUUGUUAAUGCUAUUUCGGCAAAACAAUACAGUUUAGCAUUGGAGCUGGUGGAAAGGUUUCCUACGUUGGCUUCAAAAAAGGAUGAUGUACUGGUGGCUAUCGCUAAAAGCUUUCCGAGUGAGCUAGACUAUUGGGAAACACUUGUAUAUCCUCCUAAUUUCGACACUAUUUUUAAAGUUUUGCCUGAAGUGGCGGGGAAGACUCUUUACCUUUUGGUGUGGCCUGCACUCGCCGUAUGGGAUUAUAUAAAAGGAUCACCAAUUUCUACUUUCCUAUAUAAUUUGGUAGUACUAACAGUACCAGCAUGGCUUGCAUCGUUCUUUUUAUUAGUAUGCUCCCUCAUAUUGAUCGUUUGUUUCAUAUUCUUCUACUUGUAUUCCCUUUGGUGGAAGGGCGCAAAGAUACUAUUUGUACCCAUUAAGCGAAUAGUUGAAAAAAAGAAGGAUCUAAACAAUGCCAAAAGAGUUCUACGCCUUGUCUGUACAGAAAUAAGCAAGUUGGAGAACUCUAGUGGUGAUCAUUUUGUCCGACCAAUUCUUGAGGCUGCAUGUCAAAAUGCUCAUCAAGUUGUUAGGGAGAUUUUAAAUCAUUCUUCACAUGCGGCACUUCAGAGUACAGAUAAAAAUGGGCAUGACAUUAUUCAGUUAGCAAUAAUAAACCGUUCCGAAAAAAUCUACAACCUUAUCUAUGACAUUGGAGAACGUAAGAAUGUUUAUAGAACAUGCAAAGAUUCUCAUGAAAACAAUAUUUUGCACUUGGCGGGAAAAUUGGCGCCAUCAAAUGUAUUAAAUCGGAGAACAGGUGCAGCAUUACAACUUCAACGAGAGCUUCAAUGGCUUCAGGAAGUGGAGAAAUUUGUGUUUCCAUCAUAUAUUACUCAAGAGAACAUUGAUAAGGAGACGCCAUAUAUGGUUUUCACAAGGGAACAUAAAGAAUUACUAAAGGAAGGAGAACAGUGGAUGAAAACCACAGCCGAGUCAUGUAGUAUCACUGCUGCACUUAUUGUCACAAUUGUAUUUGCAGCUGCAAUUACCGUACCAGGUGGAAACAAUCAAGAAAAAGGAACCCCAUUGUUUAAAAGUAAAGCUGCAUUCAUUAUCUUUGCUAUAGCAGAUGCAAUCUCGCUAUUUGCAUCCAGUACAGCACUAUUAGUGUUUUUGUCUAUCCUAACAACACGUUUUGCAGAAAAAGACUUUCUAGUCAGUUUGCCUAGGAGACUAUUUAUUGGAAUUUUCUCCUUAUUACUCUCUACAACAACCAUGAUGGUAGCAUUCAGUGCAACCUUAUUCCUUAUCUUUUGUGAUAAUAAACCAUGGAUGCUUGCUCCAAUAUGUGGAUUAGCUUUCAUCCCUAUUGCCUUUUUUGUUAGUCUGCAAUUCCCACUCAUAGUGGAUCUUUUAUGGUCGACUUAUUCACCCAUAUUUGGUAAAGAAAGGAAAAGCACUAAUCUCCUUAUAUUAGUCUAUAAAUUAAGUGAAAAGGUGAGAAGGUGGUUUAUAAGGAGAUUGUACCAUUGAACAUCAUGAUAGUAUUGUUUGUUCAAAGUGUUUGUUAUUGUUAUAUGUUGGCUUUAACCUCUUUAGUUUUGCAUAUUUAGAAAAAAAGAUAUGAUUUAUGGUUAUUAUUUUAAAUAUAA